AUGCAGCAAUUGGCUGCCAGACCUCAUUCCAUUGAUGGAACAGUAGUUGAGCCGAAAAGAGCUGUAGCCAGGGAGGAAUCUAGAAAACCUGGAGUUCAUGUUACUGUGAAAAAAAUGUUAGUUGGUGGAAUUAAAGAAGAUACUGAGGAACAUCACCUUAGAGAGUACUUCUUGGAAUAUGGAAAAAUCGACACAAUUGAAAUAAUUACAGACAAUCUGGUAAAAAGAGGGGCUUUGGAUUUGUAACUUUUGAUGACCAUGAUCCAGUGGAUAAAAUUGUAUUGCAGAAAUGUUGUUGUUUAGUCGUGUCCGACUCUUCGUGA